CUCCGGUGAGUUCAGAUGCGUUCCUGCAGGGCAGACUGAGGAGCUCAGUCUGACUUUUUUUUCAGCACAAAAAGUUCAAAUGAAGGAAGAAAAGUUCACAUAGGCAAGACUCUGCAGCAAGAACCUGGCAAUUGGAGCAAGAGGAGGUGAGAGAGGAAUAUCAAGAGAAGAGAAUGGGCUCCCUGGUGAGUGGCGCUACAUCCACCCUCCUGACUUCCCUGCUGGCUUUCUUUUUGGGACUUUCAUCAAUUUUAAGCGAGGAAAUAAGGGAAACGGACGCACUGUGCAAUGCCAAUGGCUGCCUGGCGGUCUACUUUCAGAGAAAGACCUUUCUGGAUUCUUGGAGGGCCUGCAAGGAGAAAGGUGGAAACCUCGCCACCCUGAAACGUCAGGUGGACGCCGCUGCCAUUGAAACGCUUUUUCCCUCUCUGGAUUUGCGACAAUCACGCACCAAGGUCCAAGUAUGGAUCGGUCUGCAGCGGCAACCCCGCCAGUGCUCGUCUAUACGGCCUCUUCGGGGUUUCUCUUGGACAACAGGGGACCAGGACACAGAAUACACCAACUGGCAGAAAGAGUACUCGCCCAGCAUGUGCUCAGUGCCCCGCUGCGUGGUUAUGGGAUACAACACUCAGGACCAGACUGAUAACUUCAAAUGGCUGGAUGGGUCUUGCUCUGUCCCUGUGGAUGGUUACGUUUGCCAUUAUUCCUACCAAGGAAUGUGCCCUGCCUUGUGGAAUGAGGGGGCAGGUAACGCCCUCUACGCCACACCAUUUAACCUCCGAAGUUCCCUUCUUACCCACGCCCCACUUGGAUCAGUGGCGACCAUGCCCUGCCAGACAAAUCAGCAGUCAGUGCUCUGUCUGUUGAGGGAAGACGGUUCAGUGGGCUGGUCUAUAGAUUCUCCUCUCUGCUCCGAACCUCCGGCAUCACAAAACUGGUGCAAUCAGAACAAUGGCGGCUGCGAGCAUUUCUGUAAGCAAGCUGGCGCUCACUCCAUCUGCGAGUGUGCUGAGGGCUACCGGCUUGCAGAAGACAACCAGAGCUGUGACCUCUAUGACCCUUGUGAAGAUGCCGACUGCGAAUAUGAGUGUGUGCCCCUUUCAGAACGGUACCGGUGCGCUUGUCCUGAUGGCUACAUGCUGGCUCCAGAUGAACACGGCUGCCUGGAUGUGGAUGAAUGUCUUCAGAGUCCAUGUGAGCAUCGUUGUGUCAACACUCUCGGGACAUUCCAAUGUCAAUGUCAAGAGGGCCACCAACUAGACGAUGUGGGUGCCUGCGAGGAUAUCGACGAGUGUCUGAGCGAUCCUUGCGAGCACGCCUGUGAGAACACCGAGGGAUCCUUUAUUUGCCACUGCCAUUUGGGAUACUCUCCGCAACCUGACGACACCAGUCGAUGCCAAGACAAUGACGAGUGCCAGAUCCCGGGAACAUGCCAGCAAAUGUGUGUGAACUACGAGGGUGGAUUUGAAUGCUAUUGCGAGGAAGGGUACGAACUCGUCAUGUCCGAUUCUUCCUCAUGUCGGAAGAUAGAUGGCCAAUCGACUGUCACCCACCAGCCUCGGCCUGCAUGGGACUCUGACGACUAUGAGUGGAAUCCACAACAGGGUCAUACAGAUUGGGUACCGGAGGUAGAGCAAUCUCUGGACUGGUUGACGGACACCCCCAAAGUUUGGGGUUCGGAGGUCAUAUGGGUGACCAGUGCUCCUCAAGAGGAACUUUUAAAUCCUUUUUCAGAAACACAGGAGGAAGAUGUCGCCAAUGGUGAUGCUGACCAGUUGGACUGGGGGGAGAAACCUCAGUCUGAGUCCACCAUCACCGCCAGCACCACACCCAUCCCCACUACGACUGCCUUGUAUGAAGAUGAGGAGGAAGAGACCACUCCUUUCCCUUUUAUUUCCACCUCUACAAUCUCGGAGGGAGCUUGGAACUGGUGGGCUGGGUUCACAGCUUCUGACCAGAGCCGAGGAAAUCCAGAGGAUAAAAUCACACACUCUUACAUGCUCACUGAUUCCAGCUACCACAAUCCGCCCCUUGAAGAAAAACACUCUGUCGGAGAUUACCCUGCAAAGGCAGAGAAAAUGGGGGAGGAAGUGGACUCUCCUGUGACCCAUUCACAAGUGGCUCCCACUCAGGUCAGCUCCUUUCAACCGCCCACGGUCAAGUACCUGGAUUCUGUCCAUGAGGACAGGGGGAAAAGUAGCACCUGGCUCCUGGUGGGCCUCUUGGUGCCAGUCUGCAUCUUCAUCGUGGUCAUGGUGGUCCUGGGUAUCAUCUACUGUACUCGCUGUGCUGUCCAGCCCCGCAGUAAAACCGGGAGUGAUUGCUACCAUUGGAUUUCUGGCGCUCAUGACAAACCGGGUGCUGCUAGCCCCUCUGCAGGGGUCAAGAACCAUGUUUAAGUAGAAUGGACCCAAAGUGACCUUCUCAUAAACAGACUCUGAGGGAGCGUAAAACCGUCCUGGACUCUAUUGUUUAUUGUCUGUUCAUUUGGGAGGUGAGAGACGCUGAAAACCGCUGACCUUGUUUUCUUUGAUGAUACUUGGCUGUUGCAUACACUGAUCACUUGACUGCUUGACUUCUGAUUAUUUCCCGAUUGCUCUAAAUGACUGAUGUUCAUUUCACCAUUUACACCUAACUAGACACUAUGAAUAAAGGGCGAGCUCACACGAGCAGUAGAUAAAACAGGCGCUUUUGCAAGUAUUGUUUGAUCCAAAGUUUAAGUGUAAAUAAUGCUCUUUUUUUUUUUUACAGUAUUGCUUAUUCGUCAUUCUGCAACUUUGCUUUUCACAGUGGACCAAGUAUCCUCAGUGAAAAUGACAGGAAUGUGCAGAAUUUGUAUUUCAAAAGCAGUUAUCUGUUCCUUUUUGGAUUUCCCUUUAAAAAAAAAGGGAAAUAGACAAAUAUGCGACUUGCACGAGAGUGUUGGAAAGAACCUUGACUUUGGCCGUCUGUCAUACUGUAACCAGAAUUCUCUCUCCCAGCCAGGAAUGUUUUACAGCCAUGUUGAAUCACAUCCAGCUGUUUGAGGCUUCACGCUUGUUUGAAACCAUUCAAAAAGACAAUCACAAACUUGUAACAUAUCCAGAUCGGAAAAACUAAUUAUUACAUGACAAGAUAAGGCUCAUUCCAGAAUUAGAGGAGAUAUUGCUUGGACAUUUUAAAAAAACGUAAUCUUUCCCAAAUUUCUAUUAUGUAUUCAUCAGUUAUUGAUAAUUAACU